UAGGUGAAAAUUUUAUAUGAACCCAUGCCCAUUUAAGGACUUGUGGAAACCAUGCGGAUCACCAUGGGGUGCCGAAUAUUUUGCUUAUCACUCCUGAUCUUGGUCCUGGUUUUUGGAGGAGGACACUCACAGGCACAGAGAGCUGGUUGUAAGAAUGUCCAUUAUGAUUUGGUCUUCAUCUUGGACACAUCCUCCAGUGUAGGCAAAGAAGAUUUUGAAAAAGUCCGUCAAUGGGUUUCAAACUUGGUGGACACUUUUGAGAUUGAGCCAGAUAAGACAAGAGUGGGAGUUGUAAGAUACAGCGGCAAACCAUACACGGAAUUCGACCUGGGGAGAUAUCAGACUCGAGAUGAUGUGAAAGAAGCUGCCAGGAACAUUAAGUACUACGGUGGAAACACCAAUACGGGAGACGCUCUUAGAUACAUCACAACAUAUAGUUUUUCUGAGGAGGCUGGUGGAAGACCCAGAGAACGAGCCAUUAAAAAAGUUGCCAUUCUUUUGACCGAUGGAAGAAGUCAAGACCUGGUAUUAGAACCUGCAACGGCAGCUCACAAAGCUGGGAUUAGGAUUUUUGCUGUAGGUGUUGGGGAAGCUCUUAAAGAAGAGCUGGAAGAGAUUGCAUCGGAACCUAAGUCGGCUCAUGUCUUCCAUGUCUCUGACUACAACGCCAUCGACAAAAUCCGAGGGAUAUUGAGAAGAAGACUUUGUGAAAACGUCCUUUGUCCAAAUGUGAAAGUCGAGGGCGAUCGUUUUAGACACAAGAAUGGAGAAAAAGAUGAAAUUCCAGGCUUUGACCUCAUGGAGUUAUUCAACAUAAAAGACGUCAUCGGAGGGAGAGAGACCGGGGUGCAAAGCUCCUACGUGCGUCUAGGGACAUUCCCCAUCGUACAGAGAACUGAGGAUAUAUUUCCACAAGGUCUGCCGGAUGAAUAUGCAUUUGUAACGACAUUCAGAUUCAGGAAGGCCUCUAGAAGGGAAGAUUGGUACAUCUGGCAAAUUAUUGACAAGUACGGGAUCCCACAGGUGUCGCUGAGGCUGGAUGGAGAGAACAAGGCCUUGGAGUACAGCUCAGUUGGGGUCACGAAGGACGCUGUCAGAGUAAAUUUCCGCAGUGGCCAAGUCAGCGAACUGUUUGAUCGUAACUGGCAUAAGAUUUCGCUGCGGGUGCAGGCGAAGACUGUGACCUUGUACAUCGACUGCAAGCUGGUCAUGACCCUACCCAUCGAGGAGCGGGAAAAUAUUGAUAUCCAGGGAAAGACUGUGAUCGGCAAACGCCUCUACGACAGCGUUCCUAUUGAUUUUGAUCUCCAGCGCAUCGUUAUAUACUGUGACUCGUGGCACGCUGAACUGGAGACCUGCUGUGAUAUUCCCAGCGGCCCUUGUGUGGUCACUGUAGUCACCGAGCCUCCGCCUGUUAUAACGACCCCCACUGUGGUGGAACAAAGGGGCACUGAAAAUACCCUCAACUGUUCACAUUGUCCAUUUGGAGAGAAGGGGGAUAUCGGCUUUCCUGGACCCAUAGGUCCAAUGGGUCCCAAGGGUGAAACUGGUAGUCCUGGGCCAAUUGGAUCUUCAGGUCCAAAAGGAGAGAAAGGGGAGACUGGAGAGGCUGGAAUACAAGGAUUUCCUGGAAUUAGAGGAGAAAAAGGAGAGAAGGGAUCUUUUGGGCCUCCUGGUCCAUUUGGCAGGGAAGGAGCCAAAGGAGAAAGGGGUAGCAAAGGAGAGCGGGGAGAAAAUGGUGUUGCUGGCAAUCCGGGACCACAGGGACCAGAAGGACCCAGAGGACCACCUGGAGCCCUUGGACCAGUGGGUUCCCCAGGAUUACAAGGAGAACGAGGUGAAAAGGGAAGCCGUGGAGAAAUGGGUGACAGAGGUAUUGACGGAUUUCCUGGAAAGCCGGGUCUAGAAGGAAAGGAGGGAGUAAAAGGCAGCAUUGGAUUACCAGGUCUGAAAGGGCUGAAAGGAGAAAGGGGUGAAAAGGGUGAAGGAGGACCACCAGGAUUACCCGGAAGUGUUGUACAGAUGGAGGGACUUAAGGGAGAACAGGGAAUGCCCGGACCACGUGGCCCCCACGGUCUUGCUGGGCCACCUGGACCACCAGGGUCUGAGGGACCCAAAGGCAGCCCUGGUCUUCCUGGACUUUUAGGACAAAGGGGAGAAAAAGGUGAGGAUGGUUUACCUGGAGUAGAUGGCAUCUCGGGGCCUGAGGGACCCCCUGGGCCACCAGGAUCUGCCGGACCACCAGGACCUCCAGGCCUCCAGGGAUUACCGGGUGAAAUAGGAUUUCCUGGGAAACCUGGGAAAAUUGGGCCCCUGGGAUCAACUGGAAAAGACGGAAAAGAUGGAGUGGAUGGAAAACCCGGCCCAAAGGGGGAACAGGGAGAACGUGGCUUAGAUGGAUCCCCCGGAGUAACUGGGCCACGGGGGCAGCCUGGUGACCGAGGACUAUCGGGUCGGCCCGGAGAAAAGGGUGAAGCCGGCCCCCCAGGAUUAUCAGGAGCAGAUGGAAAGAGGGGAGACCGGGGAGACCAGGGCGAGCCUGGGAUUGCUGGACCAUUAGGACCUAAGGGAGAUAAAGGAGAUACGGGUGCCGUAGGUCCUCCUGGUGUACCGGGGACGGCCGGAGGGACGGAGACGGUGGUCGGUGAGCCCGGGUUACCCGGAAUUCCUGGGCAGAAAGGGGAUAAAGGAGACCAAGCAAAUCCUGGCGAUCCGGGGCCACAAGGACUGCCUGGAGAUGUGGGCCCCAUUGGACCUGUAGGGCCACAGGGUCCAGUGGGUCAACAAGGAACCAAAGGAGAACGUGGACCUAAGGGAGAUAUUGGUCCACCAGGCCUUGCUGGUCAAUCUGGAGCCAGGGGACUACCGGGGAAUGUGGGAAUUCCAGGAGACGCCGGUUUGCCAGGAAAAGAUGGACUGAAGGGCGAAAAGGGUGAACCAGGCAGAGAAGGAAAACUUGGACCACCAGGCCCACCUGGAGAUGCUGGCUUGGCUGGUUUACCUGGACUACCAGGACGAGGCAAGGAUGGUGAAAGGGGUGAACGCGGAGCUCCUGGCCCACAAGGACAACCUGGAUCUAAGGGAGACCGAGGAUCUCCAGGCCUGCCUGGACAACCAGGAUCCCGUGGUCCACCAGGUAUAGGAAUUGAUGGCAAUCCGGGCUCCUCAGGACCUUCUGGAGAAAAAGGAGAGCAGGGAGUUAGAGGUCUUGCCGGCCCACCAGGUCCCCAAGGUCCCCCUGGACAAGAUGGUUUUCCAGGAAAUCCGGGAGAGAGAGGACCUCCAGGUGAACCGGGUCCGGCCUCAUUGAUCAAAACACCAGAUCUGGAAGUCUAUGUUAAGGACUUGUGCAAAGAUUGUCCUCCAGGUCCACCAGGGCUACCGGGAAUCCCAGGAUAUAAAGGUGAUAAAGGUCUUCGUGGUCCUCCAGGACAGGAUGGCAUUGAGGGUAAAAAGGGAGAACAAGGCAUCACGGGUCCUCCUGGGCCAACAGGCUUGGAUGGUAUGAAGGGCAGCAAUGGGGAGCGUGGAACCGAAGGAGAAGCUGGACCGAAAGGUGAACAGGGUAUACCAGGAAUACCUGGCUUCAUUGGACCACCUGGUACCUCAGGACCUCCUGGACCUGAUGGCUUACCUGGAAUCAUGGGCCCUCCUGGCCCCACAGGAGAAACCGGAAAAGAAGGACCAUCAGGACCAAGUGGCCCCCCUGGACUACCAGGACUACCGGUACAAGGCAUCACUGGCAAAGACGGAAAAGACGGGAAGCCGGGGGCACCUGGGGAGGCAGGGAAACCAGGAGAGAUGGGACCUCCAGGUCGGGAGGGGGCUCGAGGACUGCCCGGUUUCAAGGGGCACAGAGGAGAUGCAGGAUUACCGGGCAGCAGAGGAGAACCUGGUGUAACAGGACCUCCAGGGCGAGAAGGAACAUCAGGAAAAGAUGGAGACCUCGGGCCACCAGGACACCAGGGUCCAAGAGGAAUCCGAGGCCCAGCUGGCAAAAAUGGGUUGGCCGGACCUCCGGGAAAUCCUGGGGCACCAGGUCCAAUAGGGCCUAAAGGAACCAAAGGAGAAACAGGAGCUGCCGGAAUCCCCGGGUUUCAGGGACCGAAAGGACCACAAGGAGCCCCCGGUGAGAGUGGUCCACCUGGCAAGGAGGGAGCUGCUGGAAAACCCGGGGAACGGGGAGCUAAAGGAGAGAGAGGUGAUCCAGGUACUAAAGGUGACAAAGGCAUGCAGGGAGAAAAAGGUCAAUCGGGACAACCGGGUAAACCAGGCCAUAAAGGAUACCCUGGAUUAAUAGGCCCAUCAGGACCACCUGGAGAGCAAGGAACAUCGGGACCUCCAGGUUCACCAGGAUCUCCAGGAUUGACUGGUCCUAGGGGAGAAACACCUUCCAUUGAUACUUUAAGGAGACUAAUUCAAGAAGAGUUGGGAAAGCAACUCGAAGCAAAAUUAUCCUACCUCAUGUCCCAGAUGCAGCCAGCUCACAUUAAAUCCUCCCAGGGCAGACCAGGAUCACCAGGUUCUCCUGGAAAAGAUGGAAAUGAUGGAAGACCCGGUUCACCAGGAGAACCAGGACAGCCUGGGCAAAUGGGAUCAGAGGGGCCUUCAGGACCUAUGGGUCCAAAAGGUGAAAGAGGAUCUAAAGGUGAACGAGGGGAACCUGGAGUUGGCCAGCGAGGUGAAAUUGGUCCACCAGGAAUUCCAGGUGUUCCUGGAGAACCUGGAUAUGCCAAAGAUGGGCUUCCUGGAACCCCAGGUCCACAGGGUGAAUCAGGUUUACCAGGACAUGCUGGUCCUCAAGGACCUCCUGGAAUAAAUGGACAAUGUGACCCAUCACAAUGUGCCUACAUUGCCAGCUUAGGAUCUAGGCCUGGUAAUGUCAAAGGAACCUAAGGACAUCUAAGAAGACCCAAAAGGACUUACCAAAACUUGAAUUCAUUGCUGGUUUAAACAACCUUCCUAAAUGAAGAGUAUUUCUAAUGCUCCAUCAACACCUAGGAGAUUCUGGCUUAGGGGGGAAAAAAUCCAGUUUUUCUUUCUAUUUUUUUUUUUUGAUGGAUGAAACCAAUGAUUACUGCCGGUCGGUCAAGGCUUUUGUGUUCUUACAUUAUGUGUGUCAUUUAUAUAUUUUUUAUUUAAAAGAAGGACUUUGAAAGUACAAGAUGUUGUUUGGAGACAUUUCAAAGGAGAAACAGUUCCAAGGGAAUUCAAAUCAACUCUGUCUCAAUAAUAAUAUCACUCCUGGUCUAAGAAGUAGCCUAAGACCAAUGAUCCCCAAAAUAUAGCAGCAAACCCUGGGAGAGAAGAUGUUCCUUCUGUUUUCCCUUCUGUUUAGCCUAAAGCAUACACAGCAUUUAGUGAACAUGGCAUACAUUUGGACACUAUUGGUGUAAUUUAUCAAACUGGUGUAAAGUAGAACUGGCUGAGUUUCCCACAGGAAACAGAUUCCACAUUUCAUUUUCCAAAGGAGCUGUCAAAAAUGAAAGGUUGAAUCUGAUUGAUUGCUAUGGGGGACUAAGCCAGUUCUACUUUACACCAGUUUGAUAAAUGACCCCAUACAUUUUUCUGAUCUACAAUUCUCCCUUGGUGUAUUUUGCCUCUCUUAAUUGUUCAAGUUGCUUAGCAACCCUUGUCUUGCUCUCUGAGUGACCACCAGUUCAGUACAUGGUGGCUACAUACCCUGAUGUGGUCACAAAAAGUUCUGUUUAGAAAACACAGGGCAAAAAGCAAGCAAGACUAAUGAGAAAUGGGCAUGAACAAGAAGGAAUGCAGGUUAUGUGCUACCUGUGAACCAAAAAUUAAGAUUUGGGAAGAAAGUGGAGGAGCAAAAAGAGUCAAUAUUGUGUCUAAAAAAAGGGUUGUAGAAAUACAAAAUAUUUGUUAAGAAAUUCAUCUUUUUAGGUGAAAAAAGUUGAGCAACUCCUUUCUCAAUUGGCUGGAGUAUACAUACUUGAAAUUUGUGGUUGUUUUAGAUCAGAUCUUGUCAACAUUAUUAGAUCAGGUCUAGGCAACUUUCAACAUGAGCCCUGUUUUGAGCAUGUGGUGUGGAGCCCCAGCUUACGCAGCUAGCAUAGUCCAUAUUAAUGUUGGGUUUCCAACAACUGUUCUCAGGGUUCCCAGUUCAGAUGGGAGAUUUCCUUUAAGUAUAGUUCCAGCAGUAUUGAUUAGCCAUGCCUAGACUGCAAUCUCAGGUUGCAUAGAGUGGCAUUG